AUGUUAUCUUUCCUUGCCAGGCAUCCACCACGCACGCGUGUUGUUCACUUGAACAAGAUAGAAUUUGACAAUGGGCGCUCAUUCAUUCAGUUCCGGCCCCAUGAGGACCGCUAUCUGGUCAUCAACUCUCUCCCGCCAGAUGAGAUUCCGGAAUCCCCUGCAGACGAUAAGCCAAGCCCUCCAAAUUGUGCAUUGACUCCGCCACUUCAUUGGCACUCUCAUCAAGAAGAGGUCUUCCAUGUCAUCGAAGGCGACGCGAUCUUCUACCUCGAGGACAAGAGACAGAUCGCACGACAGGGUGACGUAGUUACCAUUCCGAAGCAAGAGUUCCACACGUUUCGAAAUGCAAGCACGACAGAGAGACUAUUGAUCGAAUUUGUCCUACGGCCUGAAAACAAGGACCGUGACGAAUGCUUUUUCAGAAACACGCAGACUUAUCGUGAUGAUUGCCGCAAUGCCGGUGUGCCAAGAAGUAUUUUUCAGGUCCUUAUGUUCAACCGCAGGGGUAAUGUGGUGCUUGCAUUACCAGGGCCAAAACCGGUUGCCAAGUUGGCUGGACUGCUCAUGAAUUUCUUUGGCUCCAUUAUUGGGAGAUGGCUCUUAGGGUACUCGUACUCAUAUCCGGAAUAUUACGACAAACAGCAUUGA